GCUGGGUGGGUGGCGUGGCGUGGGGGCCAGCGAGCCGUGACCUGUGCCGUGUCCUUCGUCUCCGACGCCGGCCCCGAUGGCGACGCCUUCGCAGAAGAGGAGCACCCGCAGCGGGGCUUCGGGGACCCCCUUGUCCCCGACCCGCAUCACUCGCCUGCAGGAGAAGGAGGACCUGCAGGAGCUGAACGACCGCUUGGCCGUCUACAUCGACAAGGUUCGGUCGCUGGAGCUGGAGAACGCAGGGCUGCGGCUCCGCAUCACCGAGUCGGAGGAGGUGGUGAGCCGGGAGGUGUCCGGCAUCAAGGCUGCCUACGAGUCGGAGCUGGCCGAUGCCCGCAAGACCUUGGAUUCGGUGGCCAAGGAGAGGGCUCGGCUGCAGCUGGAGCUCAGCAAAGUCCGGGAGGAGCACAAGGAGCUCAAAGCUCGCAAUGCCAAGAAGGAAGGGGACCUGCUGUCCGCCCAGGCUCGCCUGAAGGACGUGGAGGCCCUGCUGAACUCCAAGGAGGCCGCGCUCUCCACCGCCCUCAGCGAGAAGAGGAACCUGGAGACCGAAGUCCGGGACCUGAGGGCACAGGUGGCCAAGCUGGAGAGUGCCCUGGGGGAGGCCAAGAAGCAGCUGCAGGACGAGAUGCUGCGGCGCGUGGACGCCGAGAACCGGCUGCAGACGCUCAAGGAGGAGCUGGAGUUCCAGAAGAACAUCUACAGCGAGGAGCUGCGGGAGACCAAGCGGCGCCACGAAACUCGCCUGGUGGAGAUCGACAACGGCCGGCAGCGAGAGUUCGAGAGCAAACUCUCCGAGGCCCUGCAGGAGCUGCGGAGCCAGCACGAAGCUCAGAUCAGGCUCUACAAGGACGAGCUGGAGAAGACCUACGCGGCCAAGCUGGAGAACGCCAAGCAGUCAGCUGAGAGGAACAGCAACAUGGUUGGAGCUGCCCAUGAGGAGCUGCAGCAGACUCGCAUCCGUGUGGACAACCUCUCCUCAGAGGUCAGCCAGCUGCAGAAGCAGCUGGCGGCCAAGGAGGCCAAGCUGCACGACCUGGAGGCUCUGCUGGCCAGGGAGAGGGAGACCAACCGGCACCUGCUGUCCGAGAAGGAGAGGGAGAUGGCCGAGAUGAGGGCCAGGAUGCAGCAGCAGCUGGAUGAGUACCAGGAGCUGCUGGACAUCAAACUGGCUCUGGACAUGGAGAUCAACGCCUACCGCAAGCUGCUGGAGGGCGAGGAGGAGAGGUUGAGGUUGUCCCCCAGCCCUUCCUCCCACAAAGGCUCCUCCAGGAGCCACCUCUCCACCUCGGGCUCCUCCAAGAAGAGGAAGCUGGAGGACAGUGAGAGCAGGACCAGCUUCUCCCACCACGCCAGG